AGCAAAUUUUUAGGGUUUUAGGAUUCAUAUUUGCAGGCGUCUCUGGUAUUCUGAGCACCCAACCCUCCAGCGAAAAUGGUCAAGGGACGUCAAGGAGAGCGUGUCAGACUCUACGUUAGAGGAACUGUUCUCGGUUACAAGAGGUCGAAGUCGAAUCAGUACCCAAGCACGUCGCUGGUUCAGAUCGAGGGCGUGAACACGAAGGAGGAGGUGGCAUGGUACCUCGGGAAGCGCAUGGCGUACAUCUACAAGGCGAAAGUGAAGAAGGACGGAUCGCACUAUCGAUGCAUUUGGGGAAAGGUCACUAGGCCUCACGGUAACACUGGUGUUGUUAGAGCCAAGUUCAAGUCCAACCUACCUCCUAAAUCCAUGGGAGCUAGAGUUAGGGUUUUCAUGUAUCCAAGCAAUAUGUGAGUUUCUCCGGAGGUGAAGGUUUCAAAUUGAGGUCAUUGGUUACUUAGGAGGGUUUGAACACAAGAUCAAGUCCAUUAGUGAUCAAAGGGAUCUGUAUUUUUCUUAAAAGUGUUUAGAGGUUUCAAGUGUCUCGUGCCUUUUGGGAUACAUUAGUACUUUAUUCUGCUAUCAUUUGUUUGAAAGAAGGAUAGACUAUUAAAUUGAAUGCGACUAAUUUUAGACCUUUGCUUGAUUUUCUGCA